GCGCGGCCCCGGCCCGGCCCAGCCCGGCCCCACCGCUCCUGGGGAGGGGGGCGCCCCCCACCGGUCCGGCCCGGGGGCGGGGACGCGGCUGCCGAGGAUGGGGAAAUCCAACAGCAAGUUGAAGCCCGAAGUUGUGGAGGAGCUGACCAGGAAAACGUACUUUACGGAGAAGGAGGUGCAGCAGUGGUACAAGGGUUUCAUCAAGGACUGUCCCAGCGGGCAGCUGGAUGCUGCGGGCUUCCAGAAGAUCUACAAGCAGUUCUUCCCCUUCGGUGACCCCACCAAGUUCGCCACGUUCGUCUUCAACGUCUUCGAUGAGAACAAGGACGGGCGGAUCGAGUUCUCCGAGUUCAUCCAGGCGCUGUCGGUGACCUCUCGGGGAACCCUGGAUGAGAAGCUGCGGUGGGCUUUCAAGCUCUACGACUUGGACAACGACGGCUACAUCACCAGGAACGAGAUGCUGGAUAUCGUGGACGCCAUCUACCAGAUGGUGGGGAACACGGUGGAGCUGCCUGAGGAGGAGAACACGCCCGAGAAGAGGGUGGACCGGAUCUUUGCCAUGAUGGACAAGAAUGCGGACGGGAAGCUGACACUGCAGGAGUUCCAGGAAGGCUCCAAGGCUGACCCCUCCAUCGUGCAGGCGCUGUCCCUGUAUGACGGGCUGGUAUAGUCCAGGGCCCAGAGCUGGGACGCCGGGGAACACCUCGCCUCUCCCGUGCCGUGAGGCCUCUGCGGCCCGACGCCACCCCUGUGCCCGCCCGGCCGUCCGCAUCCACGCCCCGCCGGCCGCCCCUGGCCCACGAGGCCCGGCUCUCCUGACCCUGGCCCGCGCCUGCCCACCACCUGACGUCACCAGCUCCAGCCGCCGACCGCCUCCGCUCAGCCGAACCAGAAAAGGCUGCAGCCCUCUGCAGAACCCAGGACUCUGCUCGGGGUGCUGCGGCCUCUCCUCCCUCCUGCUGGCCUGUGUGCGCUUUGGUGUUUUUUUUUUUUUAUUUCAAAUGGACAUUUUAAAAAGAAACAAAACAAAACAAAACAAAACUACCUGCCGUUGUAGAAGACACUGAGGAUUUGCAGACGGCCCGGGCGGAACGUGGAGAACCUGCUGGGCCUCUCUCUCCCGGCCCGUCCCCCGAGAGGCUGGGAUGGUCGCUGGUGACGCCCGUUAUUUUUUGUGAUAGCAGUAUUGUGCUUUUGUGGGGAAAGUGAGGGCUUUUUUUUAACCGUCGUAUAUAACUGACACCCUUUAUUUAUUGGUUGUUAACGUUGCUGCUGCCCGGGCCGAUGUUCACGUGUCCACGCCUCGCUCGCCUGGCGGAGUUCAGCCAAAAAACAUUUCUUCUCUUCUUUUCAGAUACUGUGCUUGCCGUCUGCAGAGGGACAGGCGGGCCCUCCCUGCUCGGCUCGUGGACUGUUCCUCCUGCCCAAGACCCCUUCUGAACCCUUGGGCCCGGCUGCUCCCCAACCCCUCCUCCUCCCUGCCCUCCUCUGGGUCCGUGACAUCUUUUUUCUUACAUUAAGGAUGAACAGGCAGCACUUUCCAGUUUCUUCCCUCUUGCUUUGCAUCGGCAGCCGUGUGGGAAAAGGGCCAUCUGUCUUUGCUAGCAGCUUAGCUGAGGUCAAGGUAGCCACUUUCUGGUGGAUGGUGGUAGGAGGGUGUUGAACGUUGUCCCCGAGUCCCUCCCAUGCUGCUUCCGGCCUUCCCGAUGCCUUUUGCUGUAGACCACAUGGCGUCCUGCCUGGUCUCGCUCUGCAUGGGCGCUGGAGGAAAGGAGGGGAGAGAAGGUGCCAGCUCCUCACGGCAGACUUCUAGCUCCACCUGCGCCUGAGUCAGGGGUGGCCCCAGAGGUGUCGCCAGGAGCGUCAGAUGACCCUGGGCCAGAGGUCAGGAGCUGAGCCUGCCCCUUGCUCUGUGGCUCCAGGCAACCCCAUGCCCUCGUGGGCCCCGGCUGACCCCUUAGCAGCGCUGGGAAGGAGGCCGGGGAUGACUGAGUGUGGAGCCCUUUUCUGGGUGGAUAUAGAAUUGGGAGCCCGGAUGCAUUUGCCUGUGUUUGUGGCUCUGUGGCCCAUGGCUGGGUCGCCAGGCCCCUGCAGAUGUGGGGAUGGUCUCACCGCAGCUUGGCCUCUCUGCCUCUUGCUCAAGCCUUCAGAGACGUCACAGCUGUGGGGUGCUGGUGUGUGGGUCUGGCCUGGGGCCGAGUGUGUCUGACACCUGCGCCUCCCCGCAGUGCUUCCUGGACCCCAGAUUCUUGAGCCCCUUCUUGGGCCCAGAGCUCAUCUGUAUGCGGGAACCCCAGGCUGAAGUGGCCUCGCUGCUGGGGCGUUCAGGCUGGGGUGGGUUCUUGCUUCCACUUGGUAAAGAGGACCGCCUCCUAUGCUGCCCCCAGGAGGGGCAGAGCUGGCUUACUCCUGCUCUGAGAGCUUCUCGGUCCUCUCCUCUGUCCCAGGAGGUGGGAGCCACUCUGCCAAUGACCCCUCCGCCCUGCUGCCAACCAGAGGAUGGCAUUUCCUGCCAUGGGCAGCAUGGCAGAGCCUUCAGCUGCUUUGUCUCCAUCAUCAGCCCAGAUCCCGAAGGGAUGGGGAGCAAGGAGGCCACCCUCAGAGGUGACUUUGCAGGGUGGGGCCUCCUGCGGCCCUGCAGGGUGGCUUCUGCUCAGCCAGCAGCCGGGGGUCUGAGCCUCACCACCAAGCACUGCUGCGCCUCUGCCCGCUCCCGAAGGGACCCCAGGGCAGGGGCGGCUGGGUGGCCUGGGGCUGACAGGGUGACCCUGGACCCCUUUCCAGGCCCUCUUCUGCCCUACGGAAGCCUCGCUGGCCUCCCUGGUCCAGUGGGAAGGAUGAGGCUGCUGUCCAGCCUGUCCUGGAGGCAUCGAGGGCCAGGGAUGCAUAGCUCAGGACUGUCCAGGGCUGGCAUGUGGCCCCUCCCACUGGCCGCCUCAUCCCUGGGGCCUUCCCCAGCACCCUGGCCCAUCAGUUGGAGCCACACGUGUGGCUUUGGUCUUGGCAGGUGCUGUACUUGAGGACGGUGGCCCUGUGUGCCCAUGCCCUGAGCCCAGAGCUGCCCGCAGGGAAACCUUGUUCCUUGCAGGGUGCUGGACACUGGCCAUUUCCACUCCAGGCCAAUUUCUGUCCGUUCCUGUCACCAGGCCUGUAAAUGUGGCGGUGCCCUCAGAGUCCCAGGCCAGCCACCCCGAACAGCCCAAGGGCCUGACUCCAACCUGCUUUACACUUGUGGCCCCAUCCUGGGUGAUGACCCUGUUAGGGCCCAGGCCCUCUGUCCCCCCGCCGAGCUGUGAGCCCUGGGGACCAGGGGACAGGGACCAGCCUCUUCUCCAGCAUCUGCUUCCAACUUUGUGUUGAUGGUGACUUCUGAAAUGUCACAAUUUUCCAAUAUUUAACCAGGCAACGUUUAAAAUAACAUCCAGGUGAAUGUAUGUCAUCUCUGUAUUGACGUCUCUUCUCCUGAAACGCUUUGUGGUUUGACAGCUGCUGUCCCAGACAGGAGUCCCUGGGCUCUUGGGGACAUUGUCUUUUCUUGGGGGAGGGGGAAGGGCGCUUGGGGACCUCGGGAGUCUCUCCAGAUGUCCCGCUAAGGGAAAAGAAAGCUGUCACACCUUCGCAGGGCUGGGUGCCCCUCGACAGGCUCCAAGGAUGUGCGGGGGUGCCCCCUGGUGGCGACGAGCGGUGACGGCAUCUGGGGGCUCCAACCUCGCACGGCAGGGUUGGAGGUCUGCGACCAGGCUCCCUGGGCCGCUUGAUUGGCAGGAGGUCGCCCCGGUGCCCACCUCUGAGGUCAUCCCAGGGGCUAGCAAGGCAGCCUAAGGGCAGGGAUGGGAAAUCUUGCCCUUCCUCCUUCCUUUCUUAUUUUUUAAAAAUAUCUGCAGGAUAAACCCAAUGGUUACUUUUUGGAUGAAUAAAAGGCUUUUGUUGAAUAAA